ACACACACACACACACACACACACACACAAAACACAGCAGGUGCAACACUAGCUAGCUGUAAGCAUAAGAAGUAGGCAGCAAUGGCGAGGCAUCGCCUCCUCGUCGUGCUCCUCAUCGGGAUAGUUGCAGCCUCCGCCUUCAACCAAGCAGCUGCCGCUGGCCGAGGCCUUGCUGUCGUUGAGAAGUUUGCAGAGCUAGAGCCAAAGCCAGAGCCCAAACCAGAACCAAUUCCCAAGCUUACGCCACACCCAGAGCCAGAGCCUUGCAAACCUGAACCAAUGCCCAAACCCAAACCAAAACCCGAACAAAAGCCCGGACAGAAGCCCGAACCAGAACCCAAGCCCAAGCCAAUGCCAAAACCAAAGCCCGAGCCCUGCUCCAAACCAAAGCCAGAUCCUAAGCCCGAGCCGAUGCCGAAACCCGAACCAAAGCCGGAGCCCAAGCCUAAACCUGAACCGAAACCGAAGCCGCCUCCGAAGUGCAAAUCACCGGCAACACACAAUUGAUGGGAUAAUUAUAUAUGACACUUGACGAAGGAGACCUGGAAUGGAGCCACACUGUGUUAUUGUUAGAAUAAGUGGUGUAGUAUUCUCUGUAUUCACUUUCUUUUUAUUGUUCCAUGAGCGCGUGAUGAGUAUUAGAACUCUGUGAUUAUUAUUUUCUUGUUGCUAUAUGUUCAUCUACUUUGUAUGUGACCAGACUCGUUGUUCUUUUGAGUAUAAGUGCAUGAUUGUAUUCAUUCGCAUGAAUGAGCUAUGUUGUCCAGUGGGCUGCAGUCUAUUGUUGUUUUCUC